CAUCUCCAGCCAGCCUGUUGGAAAGCCAGGUCAAUGAUUUGUCAUGAGCCCGCCUGGCCGGCAGGGGGCACCAGAGAACCCUGUGGCAAAGAUUCGGCCUCAUAUGGGUUACCCGGAAGGAAGAGCAGGUUAUCUAAGAAUAACUUAGACUUAACGUGCAGAAGAGCCCAUCACUCGUUUGCUUAAUCGCUUUCAAGAUCGUUUAUUCCUUCAUUCCCAGGGAAGACAACUUUGUCCAUAGACUCCUGGAAGGAAUUGGAAGAUUUAAAGCCCUGACAUUGAAAAAAACCGUUUCAGGAAAACAAAUCAUCUCCUUUUCAACGCCAGUCUCCUUUUCUGAGCAAACACCCCUUUUAAAAAGCCACGUGGACUUUCCAAUCAAUACGUUUCGCACCUGCACACCGUUGGCCGCCGUUGUGGGCGUUAAACAGUUAAGCGACCAACCUCGGCAGAUGCUCCAAGAGUUCCUUAAGGAAAAAGAGAAAGAGAGAGGGAAAAAAAACACGAUUUGGAGAAUUCAAAAUAGCCUGGUCAGUCUUCGGGGCUUGCAAAAUUGCUAAUGGACUCCCGUGCAGAACUGGGGUAAGCAAGUUUCUCCGAUUUUUAAUAUUUAGGGAAUAAACCACACAGGGUGACGCUGCAGAGAUGGAAAAUACACGAUUUCCAAGCUAGAAUCAGGACAAUAUAUAUGCUUCGAUCAUAUUAAUGAACUCUACCUCCCCUUUUCCGCUGCAGGAUGGAUGUGCAAAGUUUGGUGCGCCGCUUUUACGCCUUGCAGACCGAGCGGGUAGAGGCUUACCACCUCUUGGAGGAGGGUCACCAGGCCUACCUCCGAAGCGGCCCUGAUUACGACUUCCUCCGCUAUCGCCAGCUGGUGCACGAGAUCACCCUGGCGUUCAACGGCAUUUCCCAGGAGAUCUUGCAGAUCAAGGAGAAUCUGGAGGGGCUCCACGGCCGGAGAGACCUCGCAGAGCACCUGGGCAGGAUUCAGGAGAAGGAGCAGGAGAAACUCGAACUGACAGCACAACUGCAGCUUGCUAAACAAAACGUCCAGGACCAGCCUGGAGUGGAAGCCCACGCACAGGAGGUGCGAGAAUUGAAGCACAAGCUAAUUCAAACCAUCGAAGCAAUCAGCGAAAUUCUCCAGGAUUUCAAGUACGAUUCGGAAGAAAGCAGUUGACAGGCCGUCCCGUGGGAGAAGGAUGAAGAAAGGCUGGGGAUGGAUGGAGAAGGGGGAGAGGCAAGGACGUAAGAGCUCCCCCUCCCCAAACACACACCGGGCUAAGGUUGGUCCUCGCUCGCCCACCCCGGCUUCCUUCUUUCAUCUGACACGCCAGGCCAAUGCCCGCAGGCGAGAUGGCGCAGGAGGCGCGCGGCUCGGUGCUUCUUGGCCACGUGCCCAACAGAGCCGGUUUCUCAGGAUGGUUUCUUGGCACUUGGUCUCAAUUGCCUUUAUGGGAUGAGGAGGGGGGGAGGGGAGGAAUAGCUUGUUUAUGUUCUGAAAUAAAGUGGUUUGGUUUUUUUAAUCCCUUCAAUUAAAGAAAAAGGAGUCUCCUUUUUUUUUUUUACUAAGUCUCUCUCUCGCUUUUUAUUAUCUUGAGCGGACCAGACGUCGUCUGGUUCAAUUAGCUCCAGAUGGGCAUCCAUUGGGAGGGAGGAGGGCAAAAAAGUCAACAUGGCAGCGCCCAGGGUCUAUAUUUGCCAACCUCAUCUUUCAUCAGCCUACUUUUCUCCUGAACUGAAAUCUGAAUCUUCUCUUUACAAGGGAUUAAGAAAAUUGGGUUUGGAAGAAGGAAGCACUGGGGCAUUUUUAACAUACAGUAUUUAUUUGGACGAUCACCCUGCCUUCCAAGGCUAUUCCAAUCGCCCCCGCCCCCAAUUCCCCAAUUCUGGAUUGUGAUCCUAAACUGUCAUGGCCAGUCCCAGCUUCGUCCCCAGCACAGGGCUUUCCAAAUUACCGACUUAUAAAUAGUCCUCCAUUUAUGACAAUUGAGCCCAACAUUUCUGCUGUUAAGUGAGACACUGCUUGUGACUUUCCCCCCAUUUUCAGGGCCUUUCUUGCCCCCGUUAAGUGAAUCACUGCAGUUGAUAAAUUAGUAACUUGGUUGUUCGGUGUUGAUUUUGCUCUUGUCAAAAAGGUCGGAAAAGGGGAUCACGUGACCCUGGGACACUGCAACGGUCGUAAGUAUGAACCGGUUGCCAAGCAUCCGAAAUUUGAUCACACGAGCAUGGGGAUGCUGCCAUGGCUGCAAAUGUGGGGGGAAAAAUGGUCAUGUCCCUUUUUUUCAGUGUAACUUUGAACGGUCACUAAAUGAACUGUUUGUAAGUCGAGGACUAUCUGUACAGGUGCUACUUGACUUAAGACCGCGAUUGAACCCAAAGUUUCUGUUGCUAAUGAGACAGUUGUUAAGUGAGUUUUACCCCAUUUUAUGACCUUUCUGGCCACAACUGUCAAGUGAAUCACUUGUUAGUGGUACAGCUGUUAAAUGAAUCUGGCUUCCCAAUUGACGGUGCUUGUCAGAAGUUUGCAAAUGGGGAUCACAUGACCCCAGGACAACUGUCAUAAAUACAUGCCAGUUGCCAAGUGUUUGAAUUUUGAUCACAUGGCCUCGAGGAUGCUGCAGUGGGUGUAAAUGUGAAAAACGGUCAUAAGUCAUUUUUUCACUGCCGUUGUAACUUCGAAAGGUUAUUAAGUGAACUUUUUUGUAAGUCAAGGAUUUAGCUGUACAAACUCCAUCCUCCCCCAUCAGGGCCAUAUUGGUUGAAAAUGGCAAUAUUUGUAAACAAUGAGGGCAAUUAGGGAGGCCA